GUUUUUGUUCAGGCACUAGUUGGCCGUCACCGGCGGUGUUUCAGGACCUGUUAAAUCAACAUGGCGACCACCGGUACGAAGUCAGCGCUGUUCGUCUGCUUGGGGAAUAUUUGCAGAUCCCCCAUUGCUGAAGCAGUGUUCAGGAAGAUGGCAACAGAUGCUGGUGUUGUCGAUAAGUGGGUCAUAGACAGUGCUGCCACAUCUGACUGGAAUACAGGCAGCAAUCCGGAUGCCCGCGGUCUGGCCUGCCUAAGGAAGCACGGCAUUGAGACAAGCCACAGUGCCCGCCAGGUGACUAAGGAUGAUUUCUUGAGCUUUGACUACAUUCUCUGCAUGGAUGAGAGCAAUUUGAGUGAGCUGAACAGGAAAGCGAAAAAUGUGAAAAACGGCUCUGCAAAGAUUGAGCUUCUCGGUUCAUAUGACCCAGAGAAGCAGCUCAUCAUCCAAGACCCAUAUUAUGGGAGUGACCAAGACUUUGAAAAGGUCUAUGAGCAGUGUGUACGAUGCUGCAACGCAUUCCUGAAGAUGAACUCUUAACAACAUCCAACCUUAAAUGAUCUUUGCAGAAUCAGCUGGAUUAACAUGAAAAAUCCACCAAAUAUGCUUCGACUUUUUACAAAAGCACUAAUCAGUAUACUGUUACACUUGUGUGAGUGUCACUGGAAGACCAGCAGGAAACACAUUUGUUUCAGUGUUGUAAAUGUCAAACCACACAUUGUGUUCAUUUAGGAAAGAUGCUGCUUAGACGCACUUGUGGAAAUGAGGUGAUUAAACAAUAGAUAAACAG